UCUAAAUUUCUAAUUCGGCUCGGCAGUGUGUUCUUCGCAUUUUCUUCUCCCGACGCCGCAGCCCCCAAUUCUCUUCCGCGAUUUCUCCAACGGCGACGGACGGCGACGACUCCGAAAACCUCGGCGAGCAGCAACAUCCUCAUCCUAGGGUCAUCUCCGGCGGAGUGGUUCUGCUCCACGCGGCGAGGCUCCAUUCAAUUUGCUCCAGGCGGCGGUGGUUUUAUCUCAGAUCUAGGGUUUUCGCCGGAGUGAUUCUGCUCCGGCGAUUCCCUUCUAUCUUCUUCCCUACCUCAGAAAUUCCUCUGCCAACGGCGUUCCGAAAGCAGAAGAUUCCAAGGAGGAAGCCGACUGUGCCCUUCUUCUCCGGCUGUUCUUUCUUCCUCUCCAUUCCUACAUCUGAAGAUUUCUUUUCCGACGGUGUUGCGAACACAAGGAAUUCAAUAGAGGAAGAGGACCGCAGAGCAGUGAGCACCUUCUUCUCAAUUCCAGCUGGUCGUUUCUUCUUCUUCUCCGGCGAGUUUCCUCUCUUUCCAACACUGAGCUCUGCGGAGGGAUUCUCCUGUAGACGGCGUUGCGAAAGCAGGAGUAUAUCCAGAGAUUUCAGUGUGUUCAGUCCUUUUCCGGCAGAAGCAAGCUCAAUUCCAGCUGCUUGCGGUGUGGUUGCGCUGUUGAGAGAAGCGCCGAUCCUCACACCCGAAGGAGUCAUCUCGGACGGGGAGAAACGCAGAAGGAGAUACCUGUUUGAUGUCCGGUAUGGGGAGCGAGGGUGAGCCGGCGAAGCUCCUCCUGCCCUACCUCCAAAGGGCCGACGAGCUCCAGAAGCACGAACCGCUCGUCGCCUAUUACUGUCGAUUGUAUGCGAUGGAGCGAGGACUGAAGAUCCCACAGAAGGACCGCACGACGACCACCAAUUCCCUUCUGCUUUCCCUCAUGAAGCAACUUGAGAAGGACAAAAAGUCAUUGCAAUUAGGGCCUGAGGACAACCUUUAUGUGGAGGGUUUUGCAUCAAAUCUUUUUGCAAAGGCAGAUAAGCAAGAUCGUGCUGGUCGUGCAGAUCUGAAUACUGCAAAAACUUUUUAUGCUGCAAGUAUCUUUUUUGAGAUACUAUUUCAAUUUGGUGAACUUCAGCCUGAAAUUGAGCAAAAACAGAAGUAUGCAGUUUGGAAAGCUGCAGAUAUAAGGAAAGCUCUUAAAGAAGGCCGGAAACCUGAACCAGGUCCUCCAGGCGGUGAUCCUGAUCAAUCAAUUUCCUCAGGCCUCUCGAGCUACACUUAUGGCAUACAACCAAGCGAUGGAUUGCCAUCUAGUCAGCAAUUUGACAAUGCAUUGCCUCAGCAUAUUCACAAGAAUUCAGGAGGAAGUGAGCAUUUUGUGGAUAAUUAUAGAAAUGCUGAUUUACCCCCUAAGAAUGCUGGUGAGCCACAGGGUUUUAGUCAGGCACCAUCCUCGUACCCAGGUCAUGAAUAUCCUAAUGAUAUUCACCAUGUUCAACCAACUAGCCAGCCUGAGUAUCCUGAUUAUCCUAAAAAAUAUGAGCAUCACUCCUAUGGAAACGAGUACCAACACAUCCCUCAAAAUUCGGAAGAAAAUCUAAACCCUACUUUUUCAUAUCCCAAUUUUCAGUCUUAUCCAAGCUUCCAUGAUAGCACCUUCCCUGCGGCCCCUACUCAUCAGUCUUCUUACAACCAUGACCACGAUAGCACCUUCCCUUCUGCUCCUACUCAUCAGCCUUCGUACAACCAUGAUCACGAUGCUACCUUCCCUUCUCCUCCGACUCAUCAGCCUUCGUACAACCAUGAUCACGAUGCUACCUUCCCUUCUCCUCCGACUCAUCAGCCUACUUACAACCGCCCCCAAGAUCCUGCAGUUUACUCUCACCAAUCUGCUCCUGUUCAACAUUAUGCACCACCUGUGCAGUACACUUCUAGCAGUGACCACCUCAAUCAUGGGGUACAAACUGUUCCAUCCUCUGAGAGGUACAAGUACGAUAGCAAUUAUGAACCAUCUGCUGCGAAAAUUGCGGAAGCUCACAAAGCAGCAAGGUUUGCAGUUGGAGCACUUGCAUUUGAUGACGUGACUGUUGCAGUGGAUCACCUGCGUCGAUCGCUUGAACUUUUGACCAAUCCUUCGGCUGAAACUCAUUAGUUUGUGUCUGUUAGGGUUGCUUAUACUAAGAUCUCGGUACUGUUCUGAUUGUUGCUUCGUUUGCUACUUGAGAUCUUUUGCCACCUCUUCAUAUUUCCUGCCCUUUUAUAUGUGUGAAAUGGCUUUUUAAAUACCAUAACGGCUUCUGAAAUAGUAUUAUUAAAUCUGGCUAUAUGCCCGUGUAUUUAAUCUGACAUAUUGUGGGAUUGGCUGCAAUCUAUACGUCUUGUACUUUUGUUUUCUA